AUGCUCCAGCUCCUGGUCGAGUUCACCGCCCGCAGCGCAUACCAGCUCUGCAAGGCCUUCCUGUACAUCCUCCUAGGAACCAGGAUGGUUCAAGUCACACUCGUCGGCAUGAUUCCCGACCUCACCGCUCUCCGCCACGUCUCUCUCCCGUCCGCGGCGACGGUGCUCGACACCCUCCGGUACGCCCUCCGCUCGGGAGGCUUCUACCUGGCCCUCGGGGUCCUCGUCAUCCUCCUCGAGGACAUCCUAUCCUUCAUUCCCGGCACCUCCCUCCUCGCCCUCGGCCUGCACGUCCUCGUCCGAAUCGUCACGGUGGCGGCGGUCGCUCACUUCGUCCCUGGGGCCACCCUGGACGCCGUCUUCGCUCUCCUCCUGGCGCAGUAUUACCACCGCUGGGUGGAGCCCGAGCUCGAGGACAUGCUGGAGCUGCGCGCAGCCCAACCCCCGACCGUUCCUGGCGCCUACCCUCCCCAGCGAAAGAUCACCUUCGGCCACCUCCCGACUCCCCCACCCCCGGCUCCCAUGACGCCACAGGAGGAAAACGACGCGCGUAUUGUCGAACGGAUCAACACGUUCAUCCCACAUCUGUUCGACUACCUCUGCACCGCUCCACCGCGCAUCACACUGCUCUUCGGCCGCCUGAUCGCCGAGGUGGUCCUCCGCGUCGCCUUGCCCGACGGCCCUCCUGCCCGCCUGCCCCCCAAGGAGCUCGUGCGCGCCCUCAAGCGCGCCAUUGACCGCCAGGUCCGCCUCGUCAAGACCUCCCGGGACAGCACCAGCAAGGCCCCCAUAGCUCGCACACUAGCCAUCAUCACCGUCGUCCAAGGGAUGCGGGAGGUGUACGAGAUUGCGUUCCGUUGCUUGCCGCUCUACCCCAAGAACCCGGUGAACAACCCCGGCAUCCAGGACGGGCGGCACGAGUUCCUCGUCCCCCUGCUGGAGAUCGGCGCUGACGCGGUGGAUCUCUUGCUGGAGGUUUUGGGUAUCGGGGCGGUGUCCAUGGUCACCAAGCUCGGCAGCCCCGAGGCGGACGCCAAGGUGCAGGUCGAGAUGGCCGGCAUUGAGAAGGUGGUCAAGGACGGCAUGGACGACGUGUGGGCGGGCAUGGUCUUGAAGGCGAUCUACGCCAGCCCGGGAGUGGAGUUGAUCGCCCACCUCGCCAAGGGAGAAGACAAUUGGGAGCCCCUCAUCGACUCGGCAGUACUAGAAACGUUCCGCCACACCGGGGCACGCCUGCUCUCCAACAAGUCCGAAGCAGGGAUCUGGCACGCCGCGGCGCGCCUGCUCAAGUGGUGCAGCGGGACCGACGACCGGCGCAAGCGCAACACGGAGGCCAAGCUGUUGGGUAUCGGCGCGCGUGCCACCACGAAGCGCGGGCAGCCGAGCGCGAACGUAGCGCGCGAGUUGCUCUCUGCCAUGCGAUACCCGCCCUUCGAUGGCAUGUUCGGCCUGCGCUCCCUCUUCCCCGAGGACAUGGGGGAAGUCAAGGCCGACUGGCAGAUUCCCGGACUCCGUCUCCACCGGAACGGCGUCCCAACCGAGAUUAAGAACCGCUCGACAUACCUGCUUCCCCUCUUCCCUGGGUUUGUCGCUUGCGUCCUGCGCGAGUACCUUGACAAGGCAGCGACCAGCGGGUCGGACUUCCUCCGGGCUGCGCGGGCCGCAUUUGUCGUCAUACAGGCCAUGGAGGAGCGUGUUUUGCUCGCCGCCGUCAGCCCAACAUCUCCCCACCUCGGUGUACGGUGGGCGCCUGCCAUGGAGGCUCACCUGGUGCUGGAACAAGAGGAUGAGGGUGCCUCGGACACCGCCGACCCUCAUACAGGCGAUAACCUGACGCGUUUCGCCCGCCUCGUCGCCGAACUCAAAACUAUCGCGGCGGCCCACCUCUCCGACUACGUCACGGCACAGGGGGUAAUCCUUUACGCAACCCUCAUGUCCGACUGUCCUCAGGCCGUGGGGCAAAUUGCAGCGAUCCAAGAGCGCAUCAAGUCGAGCAUGUCGACGGCCGUGGCGAAGGUCCUCUGCGAGGCAAUCUACGCCUCGUUCGCGGCGGAACUCAUGGGUGCCAUGGCACGAAACAGGCGCCUCAGCGACCAAGACAUUUCAGCUGAGGUCCCAGGAGGAGUGGUGAUGGAAUGGGGAAGGCAGGUGAAGUCCAUCAACAGCGGCACGCCGCCCCUCUGGAGCUCGAUGAUGACCUUCAUGAGGUGGUACACCGGCAGUCUGGGAGCCGGGAGCUCGGGUCUCGCGUCGCGCCUCAAGAGGCAGUGUGCAGAGAUCGCGUCGACCGGUGGCGGAGGCGGAAGCAACGCGGACAUCGCGGCCCAGCUGCACAAGACCAUAUGUGGCGCCCCAUUGGACCGCCGAUAUCGCAUCGACACGCUAUACCCCGCCACGCUGGCCAGCGCAAAGUGGAACAACUACACCGGUCUCGCGCUUUUGGAGGGCAAAGGCGUCAAGUUCCGCGUCAUGACGCUGCUUGCUCUCGAGAAGAUGUGUCGAGCACGUCGACCGAACGAGGUGGCCGACGGCCCGCGGCUCCAGGCAGCGGCGCGCACCGCCGCGGUGCUGGCACAUUUUGUGCUCUCGAACCAGGACGGAGGAAACAAGGUCCUGCAGCUCGUCGUCGCGCGGCGGCUGGCGGGAAUCAUAAUCCGCGUGGACUCGGACCCGGCGUACGUCUUCAAGCUCGCCACACAGCUCAGGUCAUCGGCCCGGCGCGCGCUGCACGGCCCCAGCGGAGAGUGGAGCGUGGCUGCGAGCGUCGAGACGGUGCUCUCUGCCCUCCAGGCAAUGCAGGAGCGCGGCCUCCUCGCGGGCCAGGACGCGCUCGCCGUCCCCGGUUUUGCCGUGCUCGCGCUGCCUGUUCCGCGUGCGGCGCGGCUUCGCUGUCCAGCUGGCUCCACGCACCCCGGCGUUCUCCAGGACAUCAGGGACAGGGCGUUGCUGCGCCUGCACAAGUGGCUCAACGGUUCGGCGAGGAACGCAGUGCGUACCAUGUUCGGGGACCCGGACGGCGCGGUGCAGGCCAUGACUGCGAUCGAGGAGGACGUGCGGGAACGCUUCCCGCGCGACAUUGUCGCCGCUCUGUUCGCAUACGUAGCGGCCAACAUCAUCAAGGAGUUGGCAAGCGCCGAGGCGGGGAGCGUUUUCGGGUGGGCAGUCGAGGCGGAGGAGGCGGCCGGAACGCCUGGCACGCCGUCCGACCUGUGGGCUGCGUUGCUCCGAUUGUACGACUGGCACACCGGCCAGCCGAGCGACGAGGACGCGACGGCAGACCGCGGACAAGAACUGACCACCAUGCGUCAGCAAGUGAAGAAAGAGCUCAAGGGUGAGUGGGCCGGCGUGGUGGUUUCCCCGCUGCUCGUCGCUGCGAUGGUCAUGGAGGCACUCGGCCUGCCGCCCCUCGACCAGUCGCUCGGCCUCGGCUCGCUCUUUGCCGCUACGCUUCCUGGCGCGCGCGAACAUGACCAGACCGGGUUCGACCCCGCACUUGUUGAGGCUAUGGGUGCCGAGCGGAUCGUGGCGCAGGUCGAGGAGCUCGAGGAGAUGUGUCGCGGGGAGGAGAGGGAGUAG